AAAACAGAAAAUAGAAAGAUUUUCAAAAAGGAAUGUCAGUUUCGUAACUCUCACAUUUUUCCCGUUGUCGCAAUUUUCUUGAUUUUCAAUUAUUUAUUGAAAAACUCGAAAUUUUGAAUGCUUUGAAGUAAUUUAAGAUGCUUUCUCAAAACUUGCGUCGAAUUUUUCCUCUGUGUGUCACGAGGGGAGGCAGCUUACCGUUGUCGACAAGAGUGCUUGCAAAUACUAGCGAAGAAUACUCGGAACAACCUCAGUAUCCGGCAAUCAAAGAUCUUAGCUAUCAGUCCCGGAAGAAACGAGAAGCGGCUGAAUGGCACAUGCGAAUCCAACAGCUGAGUUCUGUGGAGGAAAAACUGUUCGAAAUCAACAUGCCCAAAUACUAUGGCUACAAGGCGCACCUAAUCACUGAUCUAAAGUUCCCCUACAACGUUCUUCCGCUGGCACAGUACAGUACCCGGACCCACCUUGAGGAGAACUUGCCGGAAGUAUAUGGAAGAUUGGCCGAAGGCUCAAAACAAAUGCUGGAAGAAAUACGGAAAGAUCUGGAGGAUGUCAUUGGGUUUGAAUUAAGUGCAUAUAGUCGCUCUUUUGGAACUGACGAAGAGCCGUCGCCCCAAGAAAAAGAAGAAACCGUAACUUCAGCGCUCCUGACAGGUUUAAACCGCGUGUUGGUCAAUAAGCUUUCAAAAAAGUACAUCCAUUUGAAUGAGAUUGAAACAGAUUUCGAUGCGCGCCAUGAAGCAUUCUGGUUUCUAGGAGGAAUGCCACCCCCAUCCCUGGUGAAGAAAAUUAAAGAAGGUGUAAAAUGGCAAAAACAAUAUGCCAACGAUCCGUACGAUCGUAAAUUCCAAUAUAUUGGCAAACCGUACCUUGCAUUGAGACACAAACACCUGCUGGAACCAUAUACGCAAAACGAGGUGGACAGCCUGGAUGUUAAACGAGACAAUGUGGAAAUUCCAGAGUUUCGAUUCGACCCCAUAACCUUGGGGUAUCGUACUGAGCAGCGACAUGCUUCGACUAUUCCUGGAUUCUGGCCUGGUGACCAGCAUGAGUUUGGACUAAUUUCAUUCCAGCGUAGAAGUCACGCUCAAAUUCGUCCAACGUAUUGCGCCGUCGACGAUUUGCAAGAGGCACUUCAUGCUCAAGGUAUCUUUUCAAGCUAUGCCUGGACGUUUGGACAAGCCUGUUACCAAGGGUUCUCAACCUUCAAUGAUUUGACAUACCCACUUCCAACCCAAACCGUAAUAACUGAUGGCAAAAUGUGGUCAUUCUAUGCAUACCAAUUGAAUACCUCCUUGCUGCAUUCUGAUCAAGUAGAUGUGAACCCUCGCUACAAUCAAUGCUGGGGAACAAAGGAACUUCAGCUGUAUGACCACGUUGACGAAAGUGGAAAAGUUCACGGUCUGAAUGACGAAGUACUGCAGCAUUUGAUUAGUUUCUACAUGAACAACCCACGUGCACGCGAGGGCGUUGAGCUGAAACCAUAUCUAUGCAAAACUGAAACCCGAGUCGCAGACAUUGUAGACGAAAAACGCCGCGUAUUCAUGGAGGAAACUUACAAGCGUAUUGCGUCAAAUCGACCUCGACACCGACUGACGCCGGAACUAUACCAGUGGGAAAAAAUUUACAAGGUGGACCAUAAGACGCGUCCACUGGAACCGAAACGUAGGCCGUUCGAACUCGGCCAGAACAUGUUCCAACGUCGGAUGGAUGAACACGCUCCGAAAUAUAUACCGCGUAAGGUUCGCCCGGGUGGUCCCAAGAGCAAACCGCGGUUCGAAGCUACUUACUAUCCGAACGUAAGGCGAUAGGAAUUGGUUCGCUUAGAGCGUAUUGCUAGUUUCUUGGAUUAAAAAAGAAUAACACCAA